CUCUCAAUGCGUUGAUGUGACGGGACUUGGAAGGAUCCACCGAAACCAUUGACCCCUCAACUUCUCUGCGCUAUAAACAACUCCCACUCCCCAGCAUCGACAACUUGAGAAACGAACCAACACAACUUGCCAUUCAAUCCAGACCAAUAAACAACCAUACUACCAACAACACCCCAAUUCAUAACUCACUCAAAAUGGCCACCCUCCAACCCGGCUCCUCUUUCCCCGAGGACAUCUCCUUCAGCUACAUCCCCCCCACCGGCAGCCUGGACUUGACAACCUGCGGCAUCCCGACCACGUAUAACGCCAGCAAGGAAUUCCAAACCAAAAAGAUCGUGCUGGUCGCCGUGCCCGGCGCGUUCACGCCGACGUGCCAGGAGCAGCACAUUGUAUCCUACCUCGCCCACCUCGCCGAGCUCAAGGCCAAGGGGGUUGACCGGGUGAUUUUCAUUGCGUCCAACGACGCCUUCGUCAUGUCGGCGUGGGGCAAGGCGAACGGGAUCAAGGACGAGUCGAUUCUCUUCAUGUCGGACGCCAACGCGGCGUUCAGCAGGAGCAUUGGCUGGGCUAGUCCCGACCGCACUGGUCGGUAUGCCGUCGUGGUGGACCACGGCAAGGUCGUCUAUGCCGAGGCGGACACCACCAAGGGGAGCAUCGAGCACUCCGGGGCGGAGGGUGUCUUGGCGAAGCUCUAA